AUGAACGUGUCAGGCAUGGAAAGUAAACCACACGGACUACUAUGCCCACUAGACCGUAUCACCACUUUAUCAUACCCGUGUGAAGAGGAUGCGAAACGAAAAGUCGAGGGAGUAGUUGAUGAUGAAGAACAAUUUUAUAUGUACUUCCGUGUGUUCAUCCUUUCUGCGCCUUCGCGCACCGGUUUGUGGCCGUCGCGUGCCAUGCAAGGAGCGUACCGGCACCGGCAAAAUAUUCUCAAGGACUAUAUUGUUGACGCUCCGUGCAUACCACGUUACGGUGUUGAUCAUAACAAUAUUUUAAAAGACAUCAAAAUUAGCCUAUCGAUACUUUCGUGUUUUACCCAGUCGGAACAGGAGAAUUUAUGGUGCCUAAUUGCGGAACCGUCAACAAUCGUAGAGAUGCUGGUUAUGAAUACUCGGUUGGAGAAGUUGGGUCAAGUACUCGAGAAAAUUCGGCCGGAUCUUGAAAAUUGCGAAUUUGACGAGAGCGAAUUGUCCCUUGAGAAGAUUGACGAGAUUCUAAGGACGUACGCAGAGAAAAGCUUGGAAUUUCGUGUUGUGCUCCAGCCGGAAGUGAAGUUCAUCAACUCGCCAGAGAGUAGCAAGCUGUUGCAAUCGUUGGAUUCGAUUAAUUUCACAACGGCUCCCAAGUACUUUGUCAUGCCUGAAAUGGUACCGGCUAAAACCGAAUGGGUGGAAAAUUACGAGGUAACUGAGUGCAUGUGCUGUGCACAAACAACAUUUUCGAUGUUCAAUAGACGUCACCAUUGCAGAAGAUGUGGAAGGGUUGUUUGUGGUACAUGUUCUGUAAAACGCAUGCAUGUGCCAACCUAUGAAAAUAUUUUGGUACGAGUUUGCUUAGAUUGUUACGAUCAGGCCCAGCAAGACGGAGCAGGCACCUCAUCUUCUAAAAGUGAAGCAUCAAUAAGAACACUAGCCGUUGAUUGGCUGCUUACCGAUGACACUACGCAUAACGAAAUUGUUAGAGAAGAGUUUUCAUACGAGUAUGCGCCAAGCGUCUCUCUUUGCCUCUCCAUUUUAAAGCAUCAUUCUAAAAAUGAGGAAUAUCCCAAGUUUCUCUUGGAUCAGUGUGACGCGAUGUUACGAUUGUUGCAGCCAAUGUAUUCAGAGUCAUUACAAGAGAUUGACUACCUAUUGGUAAUAAAGAUGCUCAAGUCCCUUGCGAUUGCAGCAAAAAUGUUGUCCGCUCAAUGUAUGCUACAAUGGGGAUCAUCUCUCGCCGAUAGAAUAUUGUCACAGGCAGACCUGUUGGGAUUGUUGGCGGAACGUGAUUGCUUGCAUUUAAUUCCAACUACAACGCCCAGUCAAGUUCGAUAUAUAGAUGCGAAUACUUUGAGACGUCUUCGUGAUAAAUUAUUGGAACGAGAGCAAUGGAAUUUGGCACUUGAGGUCUCAACAAAGGCUGGUCUCGAUAACGCAGGUGUUUUUGCCGCUUGGGGAAAGAGUUACUUGAAGGCAGGCAGUCUUCAAAGGGCAAGAGAAAAAUUUCAGAGAUGUUUUGAUAAAACGGCUCACUAUGAGACCUCCACCGAAUUAAGUAAUAGCUAUUCAAGUACACAAUUACCACAUUAUCUCUCAAAAGUGUUGCACUCCUCCGAAAACAGACCGAUAAAAAAUCCUCCGCUUCUGAACGAAAUAAUUCAAAUCCUUGAAUCAUACACAACCAUCAUCGAUCCUAAGAUUGUAAAGGAGGUAAAAAUGUCAAACACUCUGCUGUCCUCGACUUGCAGCUUAAACAGUAGCACAACGUCUGUACAGAACGAUAUGGCCGUUUGUAUUCUAAAUAAAUUAAGAAAUUUGAAUAACGUCAUGAAUGGAAAUUAUUCCGCUUACUCUGAUACUACGGAGUCUAUGUCAUCAGUGGGCAAAACGAAACCGUACCUAGAACCACUGUUUUAUGAGGAAUGCGUUUACUACCUAACCAAGUAUGGGUCGCACAUUAGUGUACUCGAAUUCUAUUUGAAACAUUCAGAUUAUCAUCAAUGUCUGAAGUAUAUGUUAGAUCAUAGAUUGAACUCGGAUUACUUCAUCGACGUAUACAUGCUGUGUUUAAAAGAAAACUGUGUGAGCGAGCUCCAUGAAACAAUGUCAGAAAUUGAUUCCACCUUAGACAUCUGGAAGGAUUACCUAAAACACAUUUGUCGACAUUUAGAAAAGCAGUCCAAUCUUAACUCUCUGUACGAGUUACAGCAAUUCAUGGGAGACUUUGUCAGAGCGGCAUUAACUUGUAUUAAAUUUUACAAGGAUGAUGCGGCCACAUUUACGGAAUUAACUGGAAAAGUUGACUACCUACAUAAGGCCCAGCAGCAUCUGCAACAGGAGCUGGAACAAGAGCAAUGGGUUGAAGUGGCUUCAGUUCGUAAGCCAAAUAUGGACUCUCAAGAUAGUUUUGAGGCAAAAGGUAUUGCAAAUCCUUCUCUGGUUAUGAAGAUCGAUACGAGAAAUGUUGACAAGCAUAUUAACACCAUCUCGCGACAAAUUGAAGUUGCAAAAUUUUUGGCAGAUUGUGAAUUCUCCUCCGCUCCAGUCAUGCAAAUUUUACCUGAAAUUUUACCUUUCGUUACUGAAGAUGCCUCAUUUGAUAGUUUGCACAAGACAAAAAUUCCAACAUUAUUUGGUUCGUAUUAUGAAAGAGUGCAAUUAGCAGUUCUAGCAAUCGUAUGUGGAACUAACAUUGAGGAUGGAUUUGGUAUCGCUUACAGGAUUAUUACGGAUCAUAAAUUGAGCGCCGUCAAAGUGUAUUGCCAGGCGGGCAAGCAACUCGCUAAAAGUGAAAAAUACAAUUCCAUUGCCCAGUUGGUAAAUUGUAUUCGUUCAAGUGGUGUUAGUGAUUCAGCCGUAACCGAUAUGUGCGAUGAAAUGCUUAUACUCGCCGUUCAGACGUUGACCAAGACAAAUGUCUCCGGCCCUCAGUUAGAUGGAUUAAUAAAAUUAAUUACGGACCGUGCGGCUAAGAUAUCGGCUUAUAUCGAAUCUAAACAAUUGAAGACUGCGUAUCUGUUGGCUGUGAAACACAAGAGGAUGGGAGAUAUUCGGAGAAUUCUUAGAGAAGCAGAGUUUCUAAAUCAGCCCAGCAUUAAGACAUUAUGUCAAAAAAUUUUACAUUCUCAUUCACAUUUCCCUUCGCAUUCAAAAGACUGAAUUAUGUGGUAUUUCAAGUUACCUGAAAUUGUUUUUGGUGCAUAUUUUUAUUACUGCUGUGAUUAUUUGAACAAAUUAUAUUGUUUAUACCAUAUAUUUUUUAAUAUAUACGUACCUUGUA